AUGAGAGUAUUUGGCUGUCUCUGCUAUGCUCAUUGGAGUCCUCGAGACAAUGAUAAGUUUGGAGAAAGGAGUAGGAAGUGUGUUUUUGUGGGUUAUCCCUACGGAAAGAAAGGUUGGCAUGUAUAUGAUGUUGAAAGAGGUGAAUAUUUUGUCUCUCGUGAUGUAGUCUUCCAUGAAAAUAUAUUUCCAUAUGUCACUGGUUCAGAAGCCAAUCUGGGAAACAAACCUGGCCCAGCCAUUGCACAAGUUGAUGCCGCUGUUGAUGAUGAUGUUGUACACAACCACAGAGGGAAUAAAGACAGGGGGAGUGAUGCAGCCGACACCUGUGAUAGGGGGAGCCUUGAGAAUAAUGGGAUUGAAGUAGCUCGUGGCCCUGAGGGAAUCUUUUUGUCUCAACGGAAGUAUGCCCUAGACAUCAUCUCGGAAUGUGGACUCUUGGGAGCCAAACCAACAUCCGUACCCAUUGAACAGAAUCAUCAUCUUGCACUGGCAAAUGGUGUUCUUAUGGAAAAUCCGAAUCAGUAUCGACGAUUAGUGGGACGGUUGAUCUACUUGACCAUUACACGUCCUGAGCUGUGUUAUUGUGUUCAUAUCCUAUCUCAGUUCAUGCAAAGCCCACGACAAGAACAUUGGGAGGCAGCUCUACGUGUAGUGCGUUAUAUGAAAGGAUAUCUGGGACAAUGUAUAUUGUUCCGUUCUAAUAGCGAUCUUCGUCUAUAUGCUUAUUGCGACUCUGAUUGGGCAAACUGCCCACUGACACGACGGUCGUUGACUGACUACUUUGUUCUGCUGGGGCAAUCGCCGGUUUCUUGGAAAACGAGAAAACAACAUACCGUGUCACGCUCCUCUGCAGAAGCCGAAUAUCGUUCGAUGGCUGCGACAAGUUGUGAGCUGAAGUGGAUGAAGAAACUUCUUCCGUCUUUUGGGGUGGCGCAUGAUGAACCAGCGCGAUUGUACUAUGACAAUUAG